CGUCUCUGAUUUUCCCCUUUGACUCCCAAUUCUCUCUUUUAUCUUCUGCUCCCAACUAUCCCAAAAGAGUGAAAGGAGCAGAAGGAAAAUCCUUCCUACCCAUCUCGAAUCCAUCGUUCGGAUCCCACCUGAUCGAUUCUUUUUCACUAUAUACGUAGAUUCUUCCUGGGUUUUUGCUAAAUCGGCCUUUCUGAAGCGUCUUGAUUCGAAAGCUUCUGGCUUUUGUUAAUUUAUCAUCUGCAAACAAUUGAAAAAAGGCUUGCUUUUAUGGGGACAGUAUCUAUUUCGAUGGAUGCUAGGACAACCCAAUGUUUUGACGACGAUCAGGUGUGGCCGCCGGGGUUCCGGUUUCACCCUACUGAUGAGGAACUGGUCCUGUAUUAUCUGAAGCGGAAGAUGUGUAGGAAGAGUCUGAAACUGGAUAUUGUUGGAGAGAUCGAUGUGUACAAGUUUGAACCUGAGGAGUUACCAGGACAAUCAAUUUUAAAGACUGGAGACAGGCAAUGGUUCUUCUUCAGCUCAAGAGAUAGGAAAUACCCUAAUAGGGGAAGGUCUAAUAGGGCAACCCAGAAUGGAUAUUGGAAAUCAACUGGAAAGGAUCGUUCUAUUACUUGUAAUUCUCGUACAGUUGGACUGAAGAAAACUUUAGUUUUCUAUAGAGGGCGUGCACCUAAGGCGGGGCGGACUGACUGGGUGAUGCAUGAGUACACCCUAGAUGAGGAAGAACUCAAAAGAUGCAAGAAUGUAAAGGACUAUUAUGCUCUUUAUAAGCUGUAUAAAAAAAGUGGUCUAGGCCCUAAAAAUGGUGAGCAGUAUGGGGCACUAUUUAGAGAGGAAGACUGGGCAGAUGAUGAAGGUACAAGUAUACCUGUUCCAGUUGAUACAGAGACCGCUGUGAAGCAACCUGUUGAGGUCGCUUCUGAAAAUAAUGAGAUAGCUAAAUUUCAAGUUGAGCCUCCAUUGAUCGAUGUUCAGGAGUUCAUACCAGAUAGAGCACCUGUGGCUGCACUUCCUGAGCCACAAGCUGGUGAUAAUCAUUACACAAGGCCUCAGGUUUUUGGUGAAGAGGAAAACCAGAGUGCUUUGCUGGACUCAACGUCAAGGGAAGUUGUCCUCUCUGAGCAAAUGAGAGUUGUUCCCCCAAGUUAUCAGCUAAAUGAUGAACAUUUGAGCUUUGAUUUCACCCAGACAGCUACCUGUACAUUGCAAUCUAAUGAUUCACUUGAUGUCACAUCUGCCUCCAACCACUUUGAAUGUGCACCUCGGAUAUGUGAAGAAGGCUUCUUGGAGAUUAAUGAUCUUGUUUUUCCUGAAGAAACAGUCCCUACUGUUAAGAAUCCUAUUGAGGACAGGCGGUAUGAUGACUUGGACAUUUUCCAUGAUACAGCUAUGUUUCUUCAGGAUUUGGGGCCUAUUGAUGAGGGAAAUGCUUUACAUCCUUACCUGAAUGCCUUUGGGGAUAAUUUUAUAAAUCAGGAGUACCAGUCACAAGCUGAUUCAAAUCUAAACCAGGUGGAUCAGCAUUUGCAACCCCAGUCAACCAUAUACCAUGCAGGUGACCAGUUGCAGUUCCAGGCGGUUGGAAACCAGAUGGAUUACCUGGCACAUAACAUUCCAGUUGGUCUGCACCAGAUAAAUAGCCAGCUGUGGACGCAUGAUCAGAGAAGUGAUGUCUUCAAUCCAGUGUCAUCAAAUCUGGAGACUCUCAGUACACCAACUUCAGGUCUGGAAUGUGAUGUAAAUCAAGACCAAGGUCACAAAGAAGAUGCUCCAGCAAGCCCAUUUUCUUCUGCUUUGUGGUCCUUUGUGGAGUCAAUACCUACUACUCCUGCAUCUGCAGCAGAGAGUCCUUUUGUUAAUCGGGCUUUUGAGCGAAUGUCCAGCUUCGGUAGAGUGAGACUUAAUCCCAGAAACAGAAAUGUUUCUGCAGGUAAUGUCUCUGAAACUGGUAGAGGAAUAGGUGGAAAGAGGGGGUUCUUUCUCCUAUCAAUGUUAGGUGCUUUAUGUGCUAUCUUGUGGGUGUUGAUUGGAAUGGUGAGAAGUUUUUCUUCAUCUUCUGCUGGAAGAUCACUGGAAUUAACUAAGUAGGUCGGCACAUUUGGAUAAUAAUGAAUUUCAAUAUUUAUGUGAAUUUUGAAUGUAAAUUUUGAAAGCAGGUUUCCUUAGUUUCACAGUAAGUUUUUUUGAAACGAAUAGUUUCACAGUAAGUUUUAUUUUGCCACAGAUGUACUUCAUCAUUCAUGCCAACAUAAGUUCUUAUGAAAUCUAACUUCUCUUUGAUUUGGCAUUAUAAUCAUCUCCAUUGUUGGAUGCUUCUGCCUUCUUCAGAUAUAUACUAGAAGGUGAUGUUCUUGUGAUUUUGUUGGAGUUGCUGUGUGAUUUUACAUCAAUUGUUGGGAACAAUCAUUUUUGUCCCAGCCCCAGUUGUCUGCUAACCUUCUCUCUCCGAUUUGUCAUUGUAAUCAGCUCCAUCAUAAGAUGCUUGCUUUCUCGGAUAUACUAAAUGAUGAUGAUACCUUUUUGGUUAUAUUGGCAAUGUUGGAAUAACUAUUUCAUUUUUCCAUCCUAGUUGUGUUUGCAUGAGGGCUAACUGUUUAUCAUUACUGACCCGUUUGGUAGCUGUUAUGCAUAAGGACGAAAGAAUGAGACCCUGAUCCUUUGGCAAAUAUGGUGCCUCAUUCUGUUUUGUUCUUUUUUAUGCUGUUCCUACUUUUUGCAUUUGCUUGCUGGUGUUGCCAAAUGCAGGCAGGUUUUCGGUUGUAUUUAUAUUUUAUGGUGGGUUUGGGGUUGUGUUAACUUCUUUUAGAUGGUAUAAAUUUCCCCCUUUUAC